AUGCAGGGCUCCGGAUCCGGCAAGCAGCAGAACGGCGGCGACGCGGCGCCAAAGAUCAACUUGAAGGCCGGGGUGGACCACUUCUGCCUCCACCCCGGCGGCACGGCCGUCAUCGAGGCGGUGAAGCAGAGCCUGGGCCUGGAGGACGAGGACGUGGAGCCGUCGCGGAUGACGCUGCACCGGUGGGGGAACACGUCGGCGAGCAGCCUCUGGUACGUGCUGUCGUACAUGGAGGCCAAGGGGCGGCUCAAGGUCGGGGACAGGGUGCUCAUGGUCACCUUCGGGUCCGGGUUCAAGUGCAACAGCUGCGUGUGGGAGGUGACCGGCGACAUGGCCGACAGGGGAGCCUGGGCCGACUGCAUCGACGCCUACCCGCCGGCGACGCUCGCCAAUCCGUACAUGGACAAGUUCGGUUGGAUCAACGACGUCGACGGCGACACCUUGAUGCUCUAA